AUGUACCCAGAAACAAUUCAUCCCAAGUGUACACCGGAAUUCGAGACACGGAACACUAAAGUGGGCUUAGACGACGCUUUAUCGCGUCGUAUCGAUAUAGAUGAUAUCCCAUCUGGUUUCGCCUCCGUACCUGUUGCUGUCAACGAAAAUGGAGCCAGUUAUAGCACAAUGAUGGUAGCUGGACUAAUCCGCACCCAAGCUACACCAAGUGGACCCAGAUCAGAUGGUUCAAAGUAUCCCAAUGAGAGUCAUUUGUGUCCUCCAACCGUGGAAGCUGAAAAUGAUUCUAUCCAGCCAUUGUCAGGAUGGUGGAUAUAUGAGAAAUAG